GGGCGGCCUGGCCCCGCCCCGGUGACCUUCACGGCCCGGGCGGCGGGCGCAGGCCGGGCGGCGGCGGCGGCGGCGCGAUGUUCGUGCAGGAGGAGAAGAUCUUCGCGGGCAGGGUGCUGCGGCUGCACAUCUGCGCGUCCGACGGCGCCGAGUGGCUGGAGGAGGCGACCGAGGACACGGCGGUGGAGAAGCUCAAGGAGCGCUGCCUCAAGCACUGUGCCCAUGGGAACUUGGAAGAUCCCAAAAGCGUGACCCAUCACAAAUUGAUACAUGCUGCUUCGGAGAGGGUGCUGAGUGAUGCCAAAACAAUCUUGGAAGAGAACGUCCAAGACCAAGAUGUCUUGUUGUUGAUAAAGAAACGUGCUCCGACUCCACUUCCUAAGAUGGCUGACGUCUCGGCAGAAGAAAAGAAGAAACAAGAGCAGAAAGCCCCAGACAGAGAGGCUAUCUACCGAGCCACCGCCAACGUGCCGUCCCACAACAUGGACCGGGCCGAGGUCCAGACCAACAUCAGAGACUUCCAGACAGAACUCCGGAAGAUCCUGGUGUCGCUCAUCGAGGUGGCGCAGAAGUUGUUGGCGCUGAACCCGGACGCGGUUGAGCUGUUUAAGAAGGCGAAUGCGAUGCUGGACGAGGAAGAGGAUGGCAGAGUGGAUGAGGCCGCCCUGCGGCAGCUCACGGAGAUGGGCUUCCCGGAGACCAGGGCCGCCAAGGCCCUUCGGCUGAACCACAUGUCGGUGCCUCAGGCCAUGGAGUGGCUGAUCGAGCACGCGGAAGACCCGACCGUGGACGCGCCUCUCCCAGGCCAGGCCUCGCCGGAAGGGGCACAGGCCGAGGCUGCCCCCGAGGCCUCCCCGGAGGCUGCUGGGACGAGCGCAGGAGACGAAGAGCCCGGAGACGAGCUAACGGAGAUCUUCAAGAAGAUCCGGAGGAAAAGGGAGUUUCGGGCUGAUGCUCGGGCGGUCAUCUCACUGAUGGAGAUGGGCUUCGACGAGAAGGAAGUGAUGGACGCCCUCCGGGUGAACAACAACCAGCAGAACGCCGCCUGCGAGUGGCUGCUGGGAGACCGGAAGCCGUCCCCCGAGGAGCUGGACAAGGGCAUCGACCCCGACAGCCCUCUCUUUCAAGCCAUUCUGGAUAACCCGGUGGUGCAGCUGGGCCUGACUAACCCGAAAACAUUACUAGCGUUCGAAGACAUGCUGGAAAACCCGCUGAACAGCAGCCAGUGGAUGAACGACCCGGAGACGGGGCCGGUGGUGCUGCAGAUCUCCCGGAUCUUCCAGACCCUGAACCGCGCGUAGGCGACCCGGCCGCCCCGCCCUGCUGCCCUGCGCCUGUCCCAGGCGCUCGGGCUGGUGGCAGCCGCAGCCCCCCACCCCCACCCCGCCCCCCGCCGGGCGCCGGAGAGCGUGGGGACCCCUGGCUGCUGUGGGCCAGGUGUCAGGGCGUGGGGCUCCUGGCACGCUUUGAUCUUCGCUUGAAAACCCGUGUGAUGGCCGCGUGCGCGGCCGCGUCAGCCUCUGACCAUGUGUACAGACGUGGCGCUGCUCGUGGGGGAGGUCACCUUCCCCGUCAGGGCCCCUGCAGGCUCUGGAAGUGCUCCUUGACCCGACCUGUAGCUGCUGCUUGUCCCUUGGGAGAAGGCAUGUUUCCACCCAAAGUGUUAACGUCAGUACUAACUUAAGUAGAGGAAUUCACAGAUGAUUUUUCUUUAAUAAAUAAAUUCCCUUUUUCCUAU